UACUGAUCGUGGUCAGACAUCAUCGCUCUAGUAUAGCAUGUUGCUGGCGAUUUGAUCAUCUCUUCACUCUGAACCACGACCAUCUCAUCGAUUCCAACCUUCCAUCUGUUGUGUAACAUGAUGGCCAAGGUUCCCAAAGCCGCUCAAGGCAGAAACAUACCCACGGUUUCCAUUCCCGAGAGGAGCAAGGCCUCGCCAUCAGAGACCCCGUCAUCGAACAGCCCCAUCACUCCCAUAACGCCCAAGACGCCUGCCGAUGAAGGCAUAGAAUUCUUCCAAGCUGACGUUGUUCCUGGAGAAUCGCCUAUACAAGUAUAUGAGCUGCGACUUGAUGUGGAUGGUGGUCCCCACAAGGAUAGCUCGUACAUCCGUCUUCCUCCAGCCUAUGCCCCGUACAUUUUACGCGUCUCCAUGAACGCCGGCACCCCCGCUGCAAGGAACGGCGUGUUCAAGACCAAUUUUCCUCUAGACGGCGGCCAAUUUGGUCGCGACCAUUUUUGCGAGCGGAGGCUUCCCUCGGACUUUUCAAAACCUAUCCAGGUCGAUUUACCUAUAUCUCAUGCCGGGGCAUUCGUCUUCUGGGUAGAGUACGAUGGCGAGAGUCACGGAGAGCGUAUAAAAGGCAGAGAUGGCUAUUUCAACAUCGAUCCGGUCUUGCGCAUCAAAUCACGCUCGCCUAUUCUCGCCUCUGACCUCUCACCUUUACCUGCCGGUUCGGGGGCUACUGUCCAAAAGGAAACAAUCAACUUGCCUCUAGGCGGAUUGUCCAUUCUUACUGUCGUAUCCAAAUGGAUGGGCCCCUUAUCUGAGUGGCCAAAGCAUUUCCAGGAGGCCCAAGAGCGAGGAUACACGAUGUUGCAUUAUACGCCUUUGCAGGAACGAGGUGAAAGCGAUAGUCCUUAUUCGAUUCGUGAACAGCUCAAGUAUGACUCUGCUACCUUCGGUGGAAAACGUGGUGCCGAUGGUGGCAAGUCGCAGGUGGAAACUAUUUUGAACAUUGCUCGAGAGCAGCAUGGCCUCUUGAGUUUGACGGAUGUGGUGUUGAAUCAUACUGCCAACGACAGUCCUUGGUUAGUUGAUCAUCCCGAAGCAGGAUUCAGCCCAGCAAACUCACCUCACUUGACGCCUGCUUUGGAACUUGAUACUGCCAUGAUUAGAUUUUCUGGCGCUUUGCAGUCGAAAGGUCUUCCUACUCGGGUCAAGUCCGCUCAAGAUGUGGCAACUCUCAUGAAAGAAUUCGAAGACGUCGUCAGAAACCUGGACUUCUGGCAGUACUAUGUUCUUGACGCGAAACGCGAGCGGGAUUCCGUCAAGUCAGCUUUCGACUCCCAACAAAUCAUUGCAUGGUCUGGAACGGAUGUUGAAGGGAAAUCAAUCGUUGCACUCGCGGAGAUUCUUCGUUCUGAGAACAAGAUUAUCGGUUUGGGAAAACUGGCUUCGCGAUUUGGUGUUCACGUCGAACCCGCAGUCGCCGCCGGUUUCGUGAAGGCGGCGUUUCGCGAUAUUCAUGAUAUCAGCACUCUUGCUGAUGCUUGGGUUCGUAUUGUAGACGUGAUUAAUGUACCCUUGUAUGAGGAGUGGGAGGAUGAUACCCGGAUUGCUGUCUCCGGUGUCAAAAACCGACUUGAGUACACGCGUUUGGAUGAGCAUGGACCGCGAUUGGGCGAGAUCUCCGAAUCGUCGCCGCUUGUUGAACCUUAUUUUACUCGUCUCGCCAAGUCAGACACAGAUCCUCACAUGUACUCUUUGGCCAACAAUGGCUGGAUAUGGGCCGCAGAUCCUUUACAAAACUUUGCCCUUCCUCCCUCUAAGGCAUAUCUCCGACGGGAAGUCAUCGUCUGGGGUGAUUGUGUCAAACUACGCUAUGGUAACGGGCCAGACAAUAAUCCAUGGCUUUGGUCUCACAUGACUGAAUACGUUACUUCUUUGGCGACGACUUUCGACGGUUUCCGAAUUGAUAACUGCCAUUCUACUCCUCUUCACGUCGGUGUUUGGAUGUUGGAUGCGGCCCGUGUCGUCAAUCCGAAUCUCUACGUCUGCGCAGAGCUUUUCACUGGCAACGAGGAGAUGGACAUCUUAUUUGUGAAACGUUUGGGUAUCAACAGCCUCAUCAGAGAGAGCGGGAAUGGUUGGGACCCAAAGGAGUAUUCUAGAUUGCUAUAUAGACAUGGCGUCGGAAAACCAGUGGGUUCCAUGGAUGACGCGUGUCUGACAAGUUUGGAAGAGAUUGCAUCGCCAACCGGCAAAGGACCGGUUCGAAAGGCUGUUGUGAGACUUUUGAAUGGUUCUAUGCCGCACGCCUUGCUGUAUGACCUUACGCACGAUAAUGAGUCGCCCAUGGACAAGCGCUCUGCAGAAGACGCUUUGUCUACUGGAGCUCUUUCCACGUUUAGCUAUUCAGCAAUAGGAUCCGUCAAAGGAUUUGAUGACCUAUAUCCGAAGUUACUCAACCUGGUUGGAGAGGAGAGGAAGUAUGAGAUCACCGGGCUUGGAGAAAGCAGCGGUAUCGCCAAAGUCAAGCGCGUUCUCAACUCUCUUCAUCUUGAAAUGGUCCUGGGGGGUUACGAGGAAGGACAUGUGCAUCAGGAAGGAGAUUACAUCGUUUUCUCCCGUGUCCAACCUGGAACUCAGAAAGGAUUUCUACUUGUCGCUCACACCGCUUUCCAUAAAGGUUCAAAGGAUCGAGGCUGUAUAUCACCUAUCAAACUGCGAAGAAUGAAAGCCGACUUCGUUUUGGGUGCUAGUCUCGAUAUUCACACGUAUGCAAUUCCUAGCGAUCCGACGACCCUCAAAGGCUUACCUGCAAAGAUUGUUGAGAUGCCUUCUCUCCAUGUUUCCGAAGGCCAUGACCAUGAAGGCCCAUAUUCAGAGGUCAUCAUUCCUGAAUACUUCCCUCCAGGAAGCAUCAUGUUGUUCAAGACGUAUCUGGAAGAGCACGAUGCGUCCUUGGACGUAUUUUGCGCCUCUGGUGCGCAGGAAGUGUUUGGCGCACUUGAUCUCGUUGAAUUGAACAUUGUCUUGCACCGUGCGGAUGGAGAAGAACGCGACGUGACUGCCGGAGAGUUUGGUGCAUACGAGGUACCAGGGCUGGGAAAGGCGGUCUAUUGUGGUCUCGAAGGCUGGAUGCAUCCCCUAAGGCAUAUUAUGCGAUAUAACGAUCUCGGUCACCCUCUAUGCGGCCAUUUGAGAGAUGGGCCAUGGGCUUUGGAUUAUGUCCAUGCUCGUCUGUUCAAACAAGCUGACAAAAUGCCUAAAAUCAAACGAGUAGCUGAAUGGUUCCGUGAAAGGUUCGAACGUGUCAAGGCUACUGUCCCUCCUUUCUUGCGCCCGAAGUAUUUUGCGCUCGUCAUUUCGGAGGCGUACAAAGCUGCAAGGCGGUCUGUGGUUGAACAAUGCUCGGAAUUCAUUUCUAACGGACAUGAUUUUACCCAAGACCUGGCUUUAUGUGCAGUUCAGAUGUACGGCAUCGUACAGUCCGCGUCUCUUGAUCCUAGUGUUGUGACGCCGUCAUUGGCGGCAGGCCUUCCUCAUUUUGCAGCUGGGUGGGCGAGAUGUUGGGGUCGUGACGUUUUUAUAUCUCUUCGAGGUUUGUUCCUGACGACUGGAAACUAUGUUGCUGCCAAAAAACAUAUUCUGGCAUUCGCCUCAACAUUAAAACACGGUUUGAUACCAAAUCUUUUAGAUUCGGUUCGCAGUCCUAGGUACAACUCUCGAGAUUCACCGUGGUGGAUGCUUCAAAGCAUACAAGAUUAUGUUCACAGCGCUCCAGAUGGACUGUCCCUUCUUUUUGAAAAAGUGAAGCGUCGGUUCCCGAAGGACGACACCUGGGUGCCUUGGGACGAUACGCAUGCAUAUGCUUACUCGACUACGAUUGCUGAGAUCAUACAAGAAAUUCUUCAGCGGCACUCGGAUGGCAUUCACUUCAGAGAGUACAAUGCAGGUCCUAACCUCGACAUGCAAAUGAGGGACGAAGGAUUCAAUAUCGACAUUAAGGUUGAUUGGGGUACAGGAAUAAUCUUUGGGGGAAAUCGAUACAACUGCGGGACAUGGAUGGAUAAGAUGGGCGAAUCCGUCAGGGCUGGAACGAAAGGCAUUCCAGGGACUCCCAGAGACGGUGCACCUGUCGAAAUUACCGGGCUGCUAAAGAGCGCACUUCGUUGGGUAGAUCAUCUAUCUCAAGCGGGUCAAUUCCCCUUCAAAGGCGUUCAUGCAACUAUCGAUGGCAAGGAGCAUCUCAUCACGUACAAGCAAUGGUCAAAUCUCAUUCAGUCUUCGUUCGAAAAGUGCUAUUACGUCCCUCUCGAUCCAUCCGCUGAUACCAAGUACAACGUCACGUCAAACUUAGUGAACCGACGAGGUAUAUACAAGGACGUGUACGGAUCUGGAGUCGGCAGAGAGUGGUCUGACUACCAAAUGAGGCCCAACUUUCCCAUUGCUAUGGCGGUUGCCCCUGAGUUAUUCAACCCUCAGCAUGCUCUAGACGCGCUAAAAAUCGCCGAAGAAGUUCUUCGGGCUCCGCUCGGGAUGAAAACUUUGGAUCCGAAAGACCUUCAAUACCGUCCAGUAUACGACAACUCCAAUGAUUCGAACGACGCAUCCAUCGCAAAAGGACUGAACUAUCACAAUGGUCCUGAAUGGGGAUGGCCUUUGGGCUUCUUUUUGAGGGCGUAUCUUAAUUUCGACAGCCGUGUCGGAGAGGGUAAAACGGACAUUAAGCGUACUCUUCACCAUCUGCAUCAAAUUCUGCUGACGCAGCGUCAACACAUCCGCAGUGAUCCUUGGGCGGGGAUACCCGAACUGACGAACGAGAACGGGCAACACUGCUCGGACUCUUGCAAUACCCAAGCGUGGAGCGCAAGCACUCUCCUGGACUUUUUAGAGGAGGUGCAUAAGCUGGGGGCAAAGUAGAUGGGAGGAUUCAAACGGACUUUAUAGAGUACGACAAGUUAGGACAAACGAGGGGACAAACGGAAGUAGUUAGUAACGGAUAAUCGGACC